AUGGUGAAGCAGCGAAUGAGCACAGCUGAUGUCGUUGGGGAAGUGGCCUGUCUACGGCAUAGUGUCCUUGGAAUGCGCGUGGCUAAUGUCUAUGAUGCCAACGCCAAGACGUACAUUAUCAAACUCUCCAAAAGCGGCGAAGAAGGAGAGAAAGCCUUGCUCGUGCUCGAAAGCGGCGUCCGUUUCCACACAACGCGGUACUUGAAGGACAAGGCGGACACGCCGUCCAAUUUCACGCUGAAACUGCGCAAGCACCUGCGCACUCGGCGACUGGACGAUGUUCGCCAGCUCGGCGUGGACCGAGUCGUGGAUUUCUCCUUUGGCACUGGCGAGGCCUGCUACCACCUCAUCCUCGAGCUCUAUGCACAGGGCAAUGUCAUUUUGGCGGAUGCGAACUAUUCCAUCCUGACGCUGCUGCGAUCCCAUCGGGAUGACGACAAGGGACUUGCGAUAAUGGCGCGGCAUGCAUACCCGGUGCAUGCCAUCCGCCUGCGCUCGGCGCUGACUCAGGCCCAGCUGGACGCCGCACUGGCAUCAGCGGAUGACAAGCAGACGCUGCGAGGGGCUCUGGCAUCAGUGGUGCCCUACGGACCUGCGCUCUCCGAGCACUGCACACUGCUGGCAGGGCUACGGCCCACGCGCAAGCCCAAGGCAGAUCCGCUGUGCGAGGAAGAGCGCACGGCGCUGCUCGGGGGAGUGCGCCAUUGGGAGGCCUGGCUGGACGCAUGCGAGACUGCAGCGCCGGAGGGCUUCAUCUCCCUCAAGCGGCCGGCAGAUGGCAGCGAGGCGGCAUCCGCUUCAGGAGACUGCCUGGUCUAUGACUCCUUUGACCCCCUCAUCCUGCAGCAGAACUCCGGGCAGGAGGUUCUCAGGUUUCCCACCUACAAUGCUGCGCUCGACGAGUUUUAUGCCAAGGCAAGGCCUGCACCCCUCUGCUUGACAAUGUCAGUGGAGGGGCAGAAGGCGGAGCAGGCGAGGCUUCAGGCGGAGCAGGCAGCGCUGUCCAAAUUGGACCGGAUCCGCAUCGACCAGACAGGCCGAGCAGAGGCGCUGGACCGAGAGGCCAAGGAGGCUGAAGCCAAGGCUCAACUGAUAGAGGCCAAUGCGGAGGCGGUCGAUCAGGCCAUCAAUGCAGUGCGCGUGGCACUGGCCCAAGGCCUGAGCUGGGCAGAGCUGGAGCGGCUGAUCAGGGACGAGGCGGCCGCAGGGAAUCAGGUGGCAGGCCUGGUGCAUGCGCUGCACCUUGACAGGAACGCCGUCACACUUCUGGACAGCAACGCCGAGAGCAAUGACGAGACUGGCACUGAUGUCCCCACUGCCUUGGUCGAGGUCGACCUGGACCUGAACGCACAGCAAAAUGCGCGCGCUUGGCACUCGGACCGCAAGGCGCGCUCCGCCAAGCAGGCCAAGACGCUGGAUGCCAACAAGAGAGCGCUCGUUGAAGCUGACAAGAAGGUCCAGGUCCAGCUCAGCAAGGUGAAGGCGGUGGCGGCCGUGCAGCAGCUGCGGAAGCCGGCAUGGUUUGAAAAAUUCAAUUGGUUCGUGACCAGUGAAAACUACUUGGUGGUGAGCGGCCGCGACGCGCAGCAGAACGAGCUGCUGGUGAAGCGCUAUCUGCGCAAGGAUGACUUGUACGUGCAUGCGGAGCUUCACGGAGCUUCCACCACCGUCGUUCGCAACCACAACCCCAGCCGCCCAGGCAUGGCCCUCGUCUCCCAGGCCGGCACUGCCUGUGUGUGCCGAAGCCAGGCAUGGGAUGCCAAGAUUGUCACCAGCGCCUGGUGGGUGCAUGCGCACCAGGUUUCAAAGUCGGCGCCUAGCGGGGAGUACCUGCCGACAGGGUCGUUCAUGAUCCGCGGCCGCAAGAAUUUCCUUCCGCCCCACCCGCUCAUCAUGGGCCUCACCUUCCUCUUCAAGCUGGAUGAGUCAUGCAUCGCUGGCCAUCUUGGCGAGCGGGCGCCCAAGUCAGCAGAGGACGAUGACAGCCUGUCGCCAGAUCAGGCCGCUUCUGCAGCAGUAUCCGCUGCCGCGAAUGGCGAAGGAAGUGCUUCAGGAAACGCUGAGGAUGUUGAGAAUGGAGUGGAGGACAUUGGGGACGACGCUCAGGGGGAUGACAGCGAGGGCACACCCUCUGAGCAGGCCAGGCAUUCAGCAUGUGAAGGCAUCUGGACUUAUCUGGACAUGACUGGCUCCAGGGACGAUGCGGCCGAGGAUGAGGCGGCGGCCGGCAACCGGGAGAGCACCAGUCAGUUGGAGGCGUUCCUUGACUCUGCGGCCGACCCCCUACGGGCGCGGCGUACCUCCGGCAGUCAGACCGGCAGUACAGCUCUUACGGGCCGAGGCAGCCAGGUGGGGUCCGUGCUGACGGGCCGGGGCAGCCAGGGCAGCGCAGCGGGGCCGCUGGACCAGGCUGCGGCGGCCACAGCGGCAGCGGCACUGGCGCGGGGAAAGCGAGGGAAGGCGAAGAAGGCAAAGGAGAAGUACGCACACCAGGAUGAUGAAGACCGGCAGCUUGCGCUGCAAUUUCUGGCACCUGCAGGUGGGCGCUUUCCUGCUUGGGAGAAAAAGGACAAGAAGGAGAAGAGGGAAGCGAGGAAGGCUCGAAAGAAGGCGGGUGCAACAGGCGACGGGAACGCAGUUGCAGACCGGCUGCCCACAGCCGGUGAGCUGGCCGCGGCCGGCGCGCGCCUCGGUCCGCGCAUAGCGGCGAUCUUGGCAGAGGAGAAUGUGGAGCUUGUGCCUGAGGAGGACAAGGACAAGCUGCAGGAGCUGGACAGCCUCACAGGACAGCCGCGCCCAGACGACGUCCUCCUCUAUGCAAUCCCGAUGUGCGCCCCCUACAGCGCGAUCCAGAGCUACAAGCUCAAGGUGAAGCUGACUCCUGGGACACAGCGCAAGGGGCGCGCUGGACGCCAGGCAAUUGAGCUGCUGAGUCGGGCUGCUGACAUCAGCGGGCGGGAGAGGGAGCUUUUGAAAGCCAUCCCCGAGAUGGAGGUGAUCAAUGCAAUGGUGGGCAAUGUGAAGCUGGCCAUGCCCGGCCUAUCGAAGAUCAAGACAGAGGCGCGCAAGAGCAAGAAGAAGGGGGGAUGA